CGGCACGAAGCGAGAAUUACGGCAGAUGCUCAAGAGGGACGAUGGACGUAUUUUUAAUGUGGCGAUAAAUAACAAGCAAGUCCACCCCCAAUCCUCUACGGCCAUUAAAUCAUCUCUCGGGAAUUAUCUAUUUUCUAUUGUCCAUUGUCCAUUGUCCACCUAUUUCGAUUCAUAUUACUUCGUAUUACUCCUCUACACUUAUCCAAGUCUAUCAAUAUGAAGUUCACCCUUGCUUUCUUAGCUAUUAUCAACAGUGUUGCUUUCGCGAUGCCAGCUACAGAUUCACAGCAGCUAGGCUUGCAUAGUCGGGGCGUCUUUCCGCCUGGAGAAGAGGCUAAAUAUAUAAAGGCAUGCGAACAAACAGCUGGGCAUGAUCACGUUGAUCCCGGAGAUGCCAAAAAGGCCUGCGAAUGCGCUGCUGCUGCGCUCAAGAAGAACUUUACAGAUGCCGAAAUCAAGGAGCUUGUCACAGAGGAUGGGGCUAAUCUCGAGCUAUUCAGAAAGGCAGAGAAAGCGGUCUUUAAAGCGUGUGAGAAAUAAACCCAUAAUGGCUUAUGGCAAGGCAGGAUUUAAAUCUGUUGCCCUGCUUUGGUAAAUCGAAAGCGACAGGUUGCUGGUCGAAUUUUGGGUGCAAUUCAUAUGUAAAGCCUAGUGGCUAGCUAUCUUCUAUAGCAAACCUCACCCACU